GACCCGGGAGAUAGCAGCGGGUGCCGAGGGUGGGCGGUAGUGCGGCUGUUCUUUGGGCCAUGGCGAGUGGAGGUCCCGGAACGCGGGAGCGGCGCUACGAGCUGGUGGUGUUCGGGGCCUCGGGCUUCACCGGGCAGUUCGUGGUGGAGGAGGUGGCGCGGGUGGCGACCGGCGGGGAAUUGCACAGCGGCCUGCGCUGGGCCGUGGCCGGGCGGCGCCGGGAGAAGCUGCAGGCAGUGCUGGAGCGGGCAGCCGAGCGGCUGGGGAAGCCGGCGCUCGGGUCGGAGGUCGGUGUGCUGCUCUGCGAUGUGGGCGACGCGGCCUCGCUGGCCGCCAUGGCGAAACAGACGCGGCUAGUGCUCAACUGUGUGGGCCCGUAUAGGUUCUUUGGAGAGCCUGUGGUACAAGCUUGUGUUGAAAAUGGUGCAAACUGCAUUGACAUCAGCGGAGAACCCCAGUUUCUGGAAUCAAUGUACCUGAAAUACAACAAAGCAGCUGCUGAAAAGGGAGUAUAUAUCAUUGGAAGCUGUGGCUUUGACACUAUACCAGCUGAUAUGGGAGUACUGUUCACCAGGGACAAGUUGAAAGGUACCUUAACUGCUGUCGAGAGUUUCCUGACUGUGAAGUCGGGGCCUGAGGGUUCUUGUGUACACGAUGGGACCUGGAAGUCAGCAGUUUAUGGCCUUGCAGAUCAAGACAACCUGAGGAAGCUUCGGAAACAGAUAGGAUAUGCUCCUGUUCCAGUAGUUGGUGCAAAACUUAAAGCAAGAGGAUUUGUGUUUUACAAUCAGGAAUUCAAGCAAUACUCUGUUCGGUUCCUGGGGUCUGAUGCUUCUGUUGUGAAACGGUCUCAGCGUUAUUUGCACACAGAGCUGAAGGAAAUACCUGUGCAGUAUGGUGCUUACAUGAACAUCGGUGGUCUUGGCUCUGUUAUCAAGCUGAUGUUUGCUGGCCUUCUAUUUCUUCUUCUUGUGAAAUUCAGCUUUACAAGAAAACUUCUGACAAAAUACCCAGAAUUUUUCUCUGCUGGACACUUCACAAAGAAAGGACCAACCCAGAAACAGAUGGAUGGAACCUCUUUUACAAUGACUUUUUUUGGUGAGGGUUACAGUGAGGGGCAAGAUCCCCAGCAUGGCAAACCAAAUGUGAAGAUCUGCACUGAAGUGAAAGGACCAGAGCCUGGCUAUGUAGCUACACCAAUUGCAAUGGUCCAAGCAGCUGUCUGUCUUUUGGAAGAGGCAGCUGCUCUGCCUAAACAGGGUGGUGUAUAUUCUCCAGGAGCUGCCUUCUCCAAAACAAAUCUGAUUGAUCGCCUCAACAAACAAGGUGUUGAGUUCUCUGUUAUUAGCAAGCCUGAAGUUUGAAGUCAAAACAUAACUGAAUGAGCUAACUCCCUUUCUUGGACCUAACUCCAGUAAACCUAAUUUGGCCCAAUCAUAACAUAGUUUCACAGGGCAACUGUUUACAGCAGAAGCAGAAGGCAACAGGAGUUGAAAGUCGUGCUACUGUUUGCUGUAGUAAGCAAACCUAACAAGGGUAUUGAGAUUUAAUUCACAAGCAUAUGAAAGCAGUGAUUUACUGAGUACUAAUUCUAGAAUUGCUUAAUCUCUUCUAACUUUUAAGUUACUGCUGGAUGGAUGCCCCCUAGCACCUGCUUCACACCUACCCACAGCCUUCUUGCUCUGCUCUCCUCCCCAGCUAUUAUUAAAAGCAGGCAGGCCCUGGAGGACAAGUGCCUGUGCAGAUGAAAUCCCUACCUGCCCCUCCUAGCUGCUGGGGACAGAUGCUGGUCCUUGGUGUUCUUACUUUCACAGCCUUGCUGCCCAUAGUGAAAUAAAAGAGCAGUGGUUGUCCCUUGGA